AUGGCCAAGCGAAAGGCUGAAGGGACAGCUGCCCCCAGCUCUCCCGUGAAGAAGGGAAAACCGUCAAAGGCCUCCUCGCCAGCUCCGGCUCCGGCUCCUGUGGACGUCAAAUCAUCGUUCCGAAAGGGCCUCUUCGACAAAGCCGUGGAAGCUCAGUACCGAGAAGAAUAUGCUUCCUCCACCCCCUACAAACACGCCGUGAUCCACGAGCUAAUAGACGACGCCCUCCUCCGCUCUGUCCGCACCGAGGCCCUCACCUCACUGCACUUCACGCCCAAGGAAACCGACAUCUACCGCAUCCACCAAUCCGGUGACCUUGCCAACCUCGAUGGGCUCCCGCGCGCCAUGCAGAAGCUCCUCCCCUCGCUGCGCCAGCUCCGCGACGCCCUCUACUCAAAGACCUUCCGCGACUACGUCUGCGCCGUCACCGGCUGCGGCGCCCUCAGCGGCACAAAGACCGACAUGGCAAUCAACGUCUACACCCCCGGAUCUCACCUGCUGACGCACGACGACGUCAUUGGCUCCCGCAGAGUCUCGUACAUCCUGUACCUCACGUCGCCUGACAGCCCGUGGCAGGAGAGCUGGGGCGGCGCGCUGCGCCUGUAUCCGACGGUGGUGGCCGAUGACGGCGUCACGCGGGUGCCGGAGCCGAUGUGGGAGAAGGUGAUCCCGCCGGCGUGGAACCAGCUGAGUUUCUUCGAGGUGCAGCCUGGGCUGAGCUUCCACGAUGUGGAGGAGGUGUAUGAGUGCGGCGACGACGAGGAGCGUAUCCGCAUGGCGAUCAGUGGGUGGUUCCAUAUCCCACAGGAGGGCGAGGAGGGCUACAUCCCCGGUCUCGAGGAGGAGCUCGCGGAGAAGAGCUCGCUGCAGCAGCUGCAGAGUAAGAGCGACACUUUCGACUUUCCGAAGCCCCAAGCAGUCACCGAGGAAGUUGAACCCCAGGCGGAGGACAACAACAACAGCAACGAAGAAGAUGAAGAAGCCAGCGACGACUCAAUCCUGACAGAAGCGGACCUCACCUUCCUGCUACAGUACAUCGCGCCCACCUACCUGACCCCGGACACACUAGAAGAGCUCCGCGACGCCUUCCGCGAGGACUCCUCCGUGCAGAUCACCCACUUCCUCUCCAAAUCCUUCUCCGCCAAACUCAAAGCGCACCUCGAACCCCUCGACAGCACCCUCCACGCCGCCCCCACCGAGCCAUGGCGCGUCGCAACCCCACCCCACAAGCACCGCUACCUCUACCUUCAGCAGCCCCCCUCGCGCAGCGACCCCCCACCCACCAACCCCGUCGACGAGCUCCUCACCGUCCUCUUCCCCUCCCGCCCAUUCCGCAAGCUCCUCCAGCUCGCAACGGACACGCAGCUGACCCUCGCCGGCAACCUCCUCGCGCGCCGCUUCCGCCGCGGCCUCGACUACACGCUUGCCACUGGCUACGGGGGUAGCGGGGGCGCGGGCGAAAUCGACGAGAACGGCGAGGGCGAUGGCGAGGCUGCUGCGGCGGCGAUGCGGGUCGAGGUGUGUCUGGGCAUCACGCCGUCGAGAGGGUGGGGCGGCGAGGAAGACGAUAACGAUGAUGAGGAGGCUAAGAAGACGGCGAAGGGCGCGAAGGGGAAGGCGAAGAUGAAGGUGCCCAGGCCGAGUAAAUUCGAUGACUCGGAGAGGAGUGUUGGUGGUUACGAGAUGUACAUGGCCGGCGACGACUCUGACAGCGACACCGACGACGACGGCGACGAUGACGACGACGAAAACGAGGGCGCAAAGAAGAAGAAGGCCAAGAAGUCGGAUCCCGCAAUCUACAAGACCGCCAAGGCCGACGACGACGACAGCGUGCUCUUCACGAUGCCUGCCGCGUGGAACAGGUUCAGUAUCGUGCUGCGCGAUGCGGGCGUGCUGAAGUUUGUCAAGUACGUGUCGCAGAGCGCGAAGGGCGAUCGAUGGGAUGUUGUUGGUGAGUGGGGUGUUGCUGAGGAUGGGGAGGAGGUGGAAGGUGGGGAGGAUGAGGGGGAGGAAGGGGAAGGGGGCGAAGGGGAAGGGGGGGAGGAUGAGUGGGCGGGGAUUGAGGAGGAGGAGUAG